UGAGUAGCUUCUCAAGUUUUCUUCAGUGGAUACUGGACGGAACCCGCCCGCGGCCCGGUGUCGGUGCUCCGCUCCUGUUAUGUAAACUUUUAGCCUGUUGGCGGACGGGCGGUACUCUGGUUCGGGCCUGUCCACUUCACGUUGGCCGAGUUGGGAGGUGAAAGUGAAGUGGUGCGAUGCAUAUGCUGGCGUCAAACGGAACCAUCAUGGACCUGGGCUCCGAGGUGGUGAAAAUUAAAGCGCACUACGGCGGGGACAUGCUGAUCACAGACUUGGCUGCCACGGUAACCUUUGUGGAGCUGUGCGAGGAGGUGAAAACACUGUGCAGCGUUGCCAAGCAGCAGCCCAUCACACUCAAGUGGAUUGAUGAUGAAGGGGACCCUUGUACCAUCUCCUCUCAGAUGGAGCUGGAGGAGGCAUUUCGGAUUUACAGUCGAACCAAGAAGUCUGGUUUGCUGCUGCAUGUCUUCCCCAGCAUCCCGGAGCAGCCUGGCAUGCCCUGCCCUGGAGAGGACAAAUCGAUCUACCGCCGCGGGGCCAGAAGAUGGAGGAAGCUCUAUCGAGUCAACGGACACCUCUUCCAGGCCAAACGCUUUAACAGGAAAGCCUACUGUGGCCACUGUAGUGAAAGGAUAUGGGGGCUGGGCAGGCAGGGCUACAAGUGUAUCAACUGCAAACUGCUGGUCCAUAAGCGCUGUCACAGACUCAUCCCUCAGACCUGCCAAAGGCUUAUGGAUCCAGUCAUGCCAUCACAAGAGCCCCCUUCAGAUGCCAAGAGUGAAGAGGUGGACCUUCCACCAGACGACACAGAGGACACCGAUGGGAUACCGUUUCUACCACACAACUGUGCAGUGGAUAAAACAGAAGAUGCAGAUACAGAGGACAUGAAAGCAGUAGUGGAUGGCAUCGAUGGUAUUAAGCUGUCCCAGGGCCUGGCUCUUGGACUGGGCGACUUUGACUUGAUCCGAGUGAUUGGGCGAGGCAGCUACGCCAAAGUCCUGCUGGUUCGGUUAAAAAAAAACGAGCAGGUGUAUGCCAUGAAGGUGGUCAAGAAGGAACUGGUCCACGAUGAUGAGGAUAUUGACUGGGUGCAGACAGAGAAGCAUGUGUUUGAGCAGGCAUCCACCAAUCCUUUCCUCGUCGGCCUCCACUCCUGUUUCCAGACAGAAAGUCGGUUAUUUCUGGUGAUCGAAUAUGUGAACGGAGGGGACUUGAUGUUUCAUAUGCAACGGCAAAGGAAGCUCCCCGAAGAACAUGCAAGGUUUUAUGCUGCUGAAAUCUGUAUUGCUCUGAACUUCCUCCAUGAAAAGGGCAUCAUCUACCGUGAUCUGAAGCUGGACAACGUUCUCUUGGACCAUGAGGGACACAUCAAGCUCACAGACUAUGGCAUGUGCAAGGAGGGCAUCAGACCAGGGGACACGACCAGUACUUUCUGUGGAACUCCCAACUACAUAGCACCCGAGAUCCUCAGAGGAGAAGACUACGGCUUCAGUGUGGACUGGUGGGCUCUGGGCGUGCUGAUGUUCGAGAUGAUGGCUGGAAGGUCCCCGUUUGACAUUAUCACCGACAAUCCUGACAUGAACACAGAGGAGUACCUCUUUCAAGUUAUUCUUGAGAAGCCCAUCCGCAUCCCAAGGUCUCUGUCGGUGAAAGCUGCCAGCGUGCUCAAGGGCUUUCUAAACAAGGAUCCCAAGGAGCGGCUGGGCUGCCAGGUCCAGACGGGCUUCACAGAUAUCAAGUCACACACAUUUUUCCGCAGUAUAGACUGGGACCAGCUGGAGAAGAAAGAGAUGACGCCGCCCUUCAAACCUCAAAUCUCUGACGAGUACGGCCUCGAAAACUUUGACACCCAGUUUACUAAUGAACCAGUGCAGCUAACACCGGAUGAUGAGGACGUCAUCAAGAGAAUAGACCAGUCAGAGUUUGAGGGAUUUGAAUACAUCAACCCCCUGCUGCUAUCCACAGAAGAGUCUGUAUGAAGGAGAGGCCAGCUUCCUCCUUCGCCCACCUACUGUCUGUCCAAGCUGCCGUCUCAGCCAAAAAAUCACUCGCAAGCCAACUCUGAAAGGCGAGGAAGAGGAGGAGGAAGAGUAAAGGACAACAGGGAGGACGAACUCACCCUCUGGACCUGUCAACAAGGCAAAGCAAACUGGAGCAGGGGAGAGUUUCCUUUCUGGAUGAUUCAGAUUGUUUUGUUUGGGUACCAGACUCUACGAGGAAAACAGAGACAGCGGACUUCAGCGCUCCCCGUCGUCACGUUGUCUUUUUUUGUUCCUGCCUCGGCUUCAUUUCUUUCCCCUCAGAACGUCCAUCCUGGUGUCAAAGCGCGAACCAGCUUUGUGGUCUCAACGGAGAAUCGUUUCAUUCUGUGCCUGCCAUCAUGAACACGUCUCAGCCCGUCUCACGUCCCUGGAUGAAUAUGACAGUUCUGAUGAAGAACUUGAAAUGAUUUUAUGUGCACUUUUUUUCUAAAAAAAAAUAAGAAAAAAAAAGUUAAUUUCUUUUUUUUCUAUCUUGUAGGGGGGCGCGACGCCUCACACAAAACAAGAAUGUACAAUGACAAAGGAAAAGAAUAAGUUAUUAUUGUGUAUUAUAAUGUAGGUAGUGAAUCCAGAAUUGACGAUGCCUUUUUAUUGAUGCAAGUGGCACAUUUUCAUCCAUAACCACCACCUUUCUUUUUAUUUUCUUUUAUGAUUUUCUUAAAAUACGGGAGAGAACACUAACUGGGAGACAACUUUUUAUUUAAGAAGUGCCUCAAAGAUCAAAUUAAUUACCACGUCUCUGAUUGCACUUAUCUCUUAUUGGACAUUUCUUCACCCGUCAUGGCUUCAGGAGGUGAAGCAGCUGAAGCUCGACUCUGCCUGGGUCCAAACUCCUCCAAUUUGUAAAGGAAUCAGUGUGUUUGGAGCCCAGUAGGCUGCCUCACUUCUGACAAGUGACUGGAUCUUUUUAUGUUUAAUCAAUCAAUUAAAAAAAAAAAUCAGUGUGCAACAAAUAAUUUCCAGUGUGUCACCAGAGCAGCAUCUAAACACCAGAUAUGUCAGGAAGAGACACGAUGCUCAGAGGCCAAGCUGGAUGUAAAGAUAUCGAAUAGCAAAGAUUGUGUCCCACUUAGCAGGAGUUUCACCAUCUAUCAGUCUCAGAUCAUCAUCAGGUGGGCGCUGAGCAGCAGGCGCCACACAGCAAACAUGAUAUGAAGGUAUAUGAAGGUAAACUCGCUGCAGUCUGGCAGCUGUAGGAACACGUUCAGCACACCGGGCUCCAAAACAAAGCUUUCCAUUGGCUACCACAGUGUGUUCAGGCUUCCUGGCUGAGCUUGGGUCCUUCCUCACCAGCUGCCACUGUGCCACCAUCUGCAGCUGCUCACAAACACCACGUGACCUGCUGGUGGCGCUGCCUCGGCUCGUCUCCGUGUCCACCUCUGCACCGAGGCCGGUUCUGUCGGCGGCAGCUCAGUGCUGCUUCAACCGACUGGACGGUUCCUUCGGUCCACUUGAAAUGUCAUCAAGUGAUAUUUAAGUGUAUUAUUAAUGUUGCUGCAUUUCUAAUGGACUGGACUAUUGAGUCCAAAGGUUCUGAUCACGCGGGCUGUGAACACCGACACCCAUGUGAGCAGAUGUGAGUACGCAGACGGCUGUGGUCCUCCAGGUGGAGGCAGGCAGGUGAGGGCUGCAGCCACCCUGACAUGGACCAAGCACUUUGGAAGAUGGACGGAUUGAUGCUUGGUCUUGCUUUUUAACUGUCUGGUUCUGAAUGGUUCCAGUUUCAGCACACUGUCUUGCAUUUAGACGCAAUUCUUUUACAACAGGUUGUGAUUUAAACUGGUGCAGUAGUUUUGUUAAGUAAAAAAAAAGUAAAACAUGUUUCGAUUCCCCAAACUAACGUAUCAGCACAGAGUGCUGCUCGGUGUCGGCAGUACUGUCGGUACUGAACGGUGUUGAGUCGGGAGUCGUGAUACCAGAAAUGUGGUCGUCGGCUCCAACAUCAUUGACUUUCCACAAUCUUCCAUCAGUUCUUGUUACAGUUUGCUGUGGAGGUUGGUGUCACCUCUGAGUUUAUUACCCAGGGUAACGACAGCCUGAUGAACGGGCCGAGCUGUUCCUUCACUUCUAUAAGCUCUGAUUGAUUCAUCCAGACCAGAAUACCCUCCUCCAGGAGCACAGUGGGCACAAACACAACAAGGAGCCACGAGUUUAUUAGCAAACUGACGUUUUAGGCCAUAUAUAUAUAUUAACAGCCACCUGGACACACAGCAGACGACUCGUGUAACCUUGAGCUGUGGAAAGGUUCAGAUCCAACACGCACUCCCGACACGUCUGAGAAUAUCAAGUACGAUUAAAGCCACCAACAGAAGUCCUCUGAAGCGAGCUCAGCGUCGAUCUCUGCAUCUGUGUGCUUCCGAGGAAAGAAGAGCUCUCUAUUGGCUGAGAAUUAUUUGAUGAAAUCUGACCCGUGCUAAUUUGAUAACCACAUAAUAGGAUUAAUUAGCUGAUCCUGAGUCAAAGGGUCUCAAUUAGCUGCAGGGCGAAGAAACAGAUAGAGAGAGGAGAGAUAAUGAAGUAGUUUCACAGUCACCAAUUAGUCCAACACACACACACACACACACAGAGCUAGAUAUCACUUCAACAUUCGAGGAAGUUUCUCUUCCAGCCUCCCAAACUCAGCUCGUUUGCUGCAUCGUAUUAAUGUCGUGUUUUUGUUGACCUUUUUUUACGCACUAGGUGAUCCAUUAGUGGCAUUUUGUUUUUCUUGAGGGACCAAUGGAUGAACUGGGAGUCCUUGAAUCCACAUUACAGAACAUUAAAGGCCAUUCAAACACCACUAAAGAAAUAUUAUUUAAAAUGUAUGAAUUCAGACCAUGGUUUUUUGGUUUAACAUAAUGCUGGUUGUAUCUGCUCCAUUUUGCUUUACCGCAUCUUUGUAAAUAUGUGUAAUUAUUAAAAAUGAUACUGGUUUUCCGUG